AUGGCUCAGCUCCCGAGCUACGAAGUCGACGACGGCGAGGACUCCAUGCCCGGCGCCCCCGGCGAGGGACCCAUGACGGACUCGAUGCAGGGCCCCCCCGUGGAGGUUCCCACGAGUGACUCGAUGCCCGGCGCCCCCGGCGAGGUUCCCACGAUGGACUCGAUGCACGGCCCCCCCGUGGAGGUUCCCACGAUGGACUCGAUGCACGGCGCCCCUGUGGAGGUACCCAUGAUGGACUCGAUGCCUGGCGCCCCCGUGGAGGUUCCCACGAUGGACUCGAUGCAGGGCCCCCCCGUGGAGGUUCCCACGAUGGACUCGAUGCAAGGCGCCCCUGGCGAGGGACCCAUGACGGACUCGAUGCACGGCGCCCCCGGCGAGGGCCCCACGAUGGACUCGAUGAACUCGGGCAACCCGACGAAGUGCGUUGUACCCGAUUGGUGCUCGACGUACCCCCCGGAGAUGCAAAAGUCAAAACCGGAAUGCCAGUGCCCGGACGACUCGCACCCCUAA